AUGACUCGCCAUCCGCUGAAUCAAUUGACCUAUGCAAACGAUCCUCCAUUGGAAUACCGCUCGCCUAGGGCUAUUCCUCCCAUACCCCACGACAGGUCAAUGGCAUUGUCUCUCUGCAGACAGAACCCCCGAACAGACCCAAUGACUAGGCAGGCUUCGCGGUCUGGGUCUGCCUCCCACGCGCCUAGCACGAACGCUAAUAGCAGUGGAACACCUAGGCGUCGGAUCCAAGUAGCUUGUGGGCGAUGCCGCAAGCGCAAGAUCAGAUGCAGUGGGGACCCUGGGGAUAAUACGGGCUGUAGCAAUUGCAAGGCAGCAAGUGUAACACAAGGAAGCUGUGUCUUCUUGAGGGUGCAGUGCGAGAUGGCGGAGCUCGUACCAGACCAUAUGCUCAUGGUGAGCGGCUAUGAACAGAUCUCUUCAACAACAAUCGACCUUCCCCCUCACCCAUACUCAACCUCCUCUUCGGCGUCUUCGUCAUCCUCGUCACUUGCUCUGGGACACCCACACCCCAGUAUAACAUCGUCGACAUUGCAUCAUCACGGCCUCAACUCUCAGCAUUUGAUGGGUCAGCUCCCCAUGAGGCAUCACACACUGAAUUCGACCGGAAUGUCUAAUGAUAUCAUAUCAUUAAAAUCAGUACAUCAUCAAGAUACAAUAGGCGGCGCUGGUGGGGUAGAUGGAAGUGGUCUGAUUCUGGGUAGCGGUGGGGAUCUGUAUAGUGGGAAUUACCCUCAGUUCCUCCAGCCUGAGAUAGCCACUGCUAGCUCGCUCAUGAGCGGGCAGCAGGGGCAAUGGUCGCCAUUGGCCUCUAGUGGUAGACAAACAAACUCGGGGCUGUACCUCGACCAGGACCAGGCACCAAGUUUGCAGAGCUACAUGCCUGCUCCGAGCACCCGCAUGCCGUUGCACACUGCACUUGACGGGUAUAACACGAUUUUCCCCGCUUUAAGCUCUCUAUCAUCCUCGCUGCCAGAAGGCGUUUCCCCAAGAACCACUCUAGCAGAUCGAGUCACGCUCCCAUCGCCUUUCAGAACGCAGGCCUCGGAAAACAUCAGUCUAAGAAGCAACAGUGCGAGCGACCUCACGUCGGGCAGCUACGUAGCUCAGAGCAUUCAACCGCCAACUGUGGGACGAGGAUAUUCCCCGUGGGCUGGAGAGCCAGGAUUCACCACGACUUCUGGGUCCAGCAAUAGCCUCACUAUCCCAACUACUAAGGCUUCUGCCGUGAGUGUUUCUCCGCCGCUCUCCUACUUGAGCCCUACGGUCUCACAGCCGACGCAAUCUAUCAUCCCCCCAGCCCUUCCGCUUCCCCCAGCCCUCACCUCCUACAGCACAAGCUCCAGUCCCAUCUUUCCCCUCUCAUCAUCAAACACUUCACUCCUCCCAUCAGGACCACACAGUGGCAGCAUCCUAAACUCGAGCUUUGAUUCCUUCGCGUCACAGCCACUACAAUCACUCUCUCAACAACCAAAGUCUAUACGUAGUGACUCAGAGUCCAGCGGCGGUGGAGCAAACACCAGUGGGACAAGCGGAAGCAGCGGAACGAGCACUAGCGCCGGCGGUAGCGGUAGCGGAAGUGCAUGUACUGCAGGAGGCCCCGGUGGUGGCCCAAGUGGUUCGAAGAUGAGCACACCUGCACCGACUAUGCGCACAAGCUCAGCUUCUAGCUCUGCGUACUCCCCGACAUACUCAAGGUCGAGUGUUGGGGGACAUGAUUUUGUGACAAAAUUGUUUGCGGCUCACAUGGGGGACUAGAGGGUGGUUUGAUAUAGGCAUUGUGGACAUAACACCGGGGUCUCAGGAGGUUUCCUGGAACGUCUCAUGGCUCUCAUGUCUCGAUUCCCUUUGAUACCUUUCUUUCUUUUGGACUUGUCUUGGUCCUCACUCUUCUUCUGGUCCAUAAGUUUUGCCUCUUUCCUCUGCCCCCGCACAGCACAGUCUUGUACUAAGGUGCGUUUUUGUGUCUAUCAAUUCUAUUUACUUAAGUUAGCUGUUUAGUUAGUCAAAUUGGUUUCGUGAUUUUAUCUAUUUUGUUUCUUCGUGGGUGCCGUUUUCGCUUCUCAUAUGAAGUAACCCACUAUCAUUUCAUCCGUGUUGUGCUUUGCUGAUCGAUCACUCUGUGCUUGGGAAGCAGUGAGACACCGCGGCUUCUGUCUGUCUUUUGUUACCCACAUCUCAACAAACGAUCACCAACUUCUUGAGUUUUGAUUUUAUCGCUGAGUUCUGUCGGUCUGAGCAUUGACUACUUGCGCCCUAUUGUUUUCUUCCCUAGCCUUCGAUGUUUGCCUGACAUUUCCAGUCGCGUUUUUCUCUCGUUCCCUCCUUCCCCUCACUCUUACAUUCGUUUCGUGGGGAGGCGAAGGGCGUGUUUUAUUGCAGUUUUUUUUUGCGCAAGAUAGGGUUUCCUUGAUAGUGAGUUAUUGGUACACUAGCUACCUUCCCCCAAGGAAGGGAGAAACCCCGGGGACCUUUUAAAAUGGGGUGAGAAGAAACCAAAAGUAGGUUGAACGAAUUUGGCUUGAUCGUACAGCUUUCCUCCCUUGUUUUCUGAUUUUCUACUUUUACUUUUGGCCGUGGGUUAGUUAGAUUGGGUGCUACUAUUUCUAUUUUGGGCCUUUCUAUUCUUUUAGGUCUACUAUCAUAUGUUACGGUCGGUUCGAUUGUUUCUUUAAUACACUAUUUAUUUAUUUUUCCUUUUUUCCCUUCUCCCCUGUUUUUUAAUUUUGGUUUUCGCACACUAGCAUGGAAAAGUGUACUGUGAGUGGGUGCUGAAGGUCAAGAAAUGGAUUAUGUACGGGUGGUGGUGGUGAUUACAAUGGCUGUUCGGUGUUGUGCGCGCAAAGGGUUGAAGCUACGGUGGAUGAGACAGCAGCCUAGAAUAUUAUUGGACAAACAUUGUAGUCUUAAGGCAAGCAAGCAAGAGGUUGAACCUCUAGGACGGUUAUAGGGUUGGAUUGAUUCAAUUUUGGGAUGUAACCGGAUGAUAUGAUACAUCAAAU